AAAAAAAAAAAGGGGUAACACACCCCGCUGAACACUCUGUGCGCAAUUCUCCACCACACUCUCUCUCUCUCUCUCUCUAACUCUCAAAAUGGCUCUGAACCUCUCUCUCUCAGCUCCACCCAUUCGGUCCCCGCAACAACCUCUUCUCCACUACUCCGCGAAGCACACGAUCGUGGUUUCCUCCGACGGACUCUCAUACCCAAAGAGCACCGUGAGUAGGAGGAGGAGCAGAAGAGUGGUGACGAGAGUGAGGUCGAGCUUGGACAUUGUGGGACCCACAGUCAAAGUGGGACAAGUUACCGAGGUCGACAAGGACACCUUCUGGCCCCUCGUUAAGGCCGCCGACGACAAGACCGUCGUCCUCGAUAUGUACACCCAAUGGUGUGGUCCAUGCAAGGUGAUGGCUCCAAAGUUUCAGGAACUGUCUCAGAAGUAUCUUGACGUUGUAUUUCUAAAGCUUGAUUGCAACCAAGAAAAUAAGCAGCCAUUGGCAAAGGAGCUUGGGAUAAAAGUUGUUCCUACUUUCAAGAUUCUCAAGGACAGCAAGGUUGUAAAAGAAGUCACAGGGGCCAAAUUUGAUGAUCUAGUCCUUGCAAUCGAUGCUGUUAGAUCUAGCUAGUAACCCAUUUCUCUUCUCUUCCCAGUAAAAUGUUCAUAAUACAUAGAACUGCUUCCGCUUCAAACAAUUAAUUGUACUUGUAUGUAUUGAUGAUAUAUUUUCUUUUUAUUAUGAAAUUAGUAUUGAAAGGAGAAAUGUAAUCACAUUCUGCUUUCAGAAAAGAGAAUGGACCAAAAUGGUCCUUAUUUUAUA